AUGCAGCUUCAUAGGGUGUCAGUUUGUCGUGCAACGAAGACUGGCCUGGGCUCCUUCUCUAGAGCUAUGACUCGCCAUCUAAGGCGAUUUCAAUCGACUACGAGUAGCCCAGGAAAGGGCGAUAAUACGGCAGCUAUUCUAUUGCAAAAGAAUCUAAUCCAAAGAAACAAUUCCCUGUACAACUACGGUACCGGUACCAUACGAUGCACGAUAUUUGACGGUUUUGGCAACAAGGCCAGCCAACCGUUGGAGAUGAAGAGAGAAGACCUAGUUUCCAGACACCAAUUACUGCCGAGAGACCUAAGAAAGAUCGAGCGGUCCAGAAAGAAUGAUCUAGUGCCCAGCUUGCUGGUGCGGAGGAACGGAAUACUGAUCAGUCUUCUCACCAUCAGAGCUCUCAUCAAGCCGGACAUGGUGAUAAUAUUUGAUUCAGUGGGCAAAGGCAUAUCACUCGACUCGACCACACACAGGGCCUUCAUCAAGGACCUGACCACGAGACUAACCAACCAGGGCGGCGAGAUGAACAAAGAUCCUCUGCCGUACGAAUUCCGGGCUCUGGAGUCCAUCUUUGUCUCUGCAUUAUCCAACAUGUCAGGCGAAAUGAAAGUGCUUCUAACAGUGUGCAGGGGUAUACUGAACGACCUCGAGUUCAGCAUCACCAGAGACAAGCUACGCUUUCUAUUGAUGCAGAACAAGAAACUCACCAUUUUCCGCAGGAAGGCAAUCCUAGUCAGAGAAAUGCUAGACGAUCUCUUAGACCAAGAUGACGUGCUCUGCGAAAUGUACCUCAACGACCAACACACAGGCAAAAUCAGGGCCAAGGACGACCAUGCAGAGAUCGAGAUGCUUCUCGAGACUUACUAUUCGCACGUCGAUGAAAUAGUGCAGAUCAUAGAGUCUGCCAUCUCCAACGUCAAGACAACCGAGGAAAUCAUCAAUAUCAUUCUCGAUUCUAACCGAAACGAACUACUGCUACUCGGCAUAAAAUUCACCAUAGGAAUGUUGUCGCUCGGAGGCGCAUUAUGGGCGGCGUCCCUCUACGGAAUGAACCUUGAGAACUUCAUAGAGGAGACUUCUUAUGGCUUCCCGCUUGUCACAGUUCUCAGCUUGAUCUCUAUGGGCGCGCUCUUCGCUUACAGCAUAAAACGCCUCCACAGGAUACAAAAGAUGUCUCUCGUCAGUCGCACCAAGGCCAAUAUCAAGUAG